CUCACUCCCCGUCGGCUCUUAAACCCUGCCCCCCGGUCGCUUCCACGGGUAGGGGAUAGGCUCCGAAACACCCGCGCCCGCAUCUCGUCCUCCCGCAUGGCGGCGCCGUCCGCCUCCUGCUCCAUGGCCUCCCUCUCCCGGGCCCUCCGCCCGCGGCCCCUCCCCGCCGCCUGCCCGGCUCCUCGGCUAGGGUGCGGGUUGGGAAUCGCGUGCUCGCUGCCAAGUCAUGGGGGAAGGAACGAGAAGCGCGGGUUGGGAUUGCCCGUCGCGUCUGCACUAUCUGCUACUGCCGCUCCGGUUCUGAGGUCGAAGAUGAUAAGUGACUUUGUAAGGACCUCAAACAGCUGUCAUACUCUAUCCUUUGGCCCAGCCAAAGUCCUGAGCCGCCAAAUUUUGUGCAAGGCUGAAGCUAAUGUAUCCAGUAAUCUUCCGGAGAGCUUGCCUGCCGGAGUUAGCAAGUAUGAAAAAAAGGUCGAGCCGGAGAGCUUGCCUGCCGAAGUUAGCCAGUAUGAAAAAAUUGUGGAGCUGCUUACCACUCUUUUCCCUGUCUGGGUUAUAAUAGGUACUAUUAUUGGCAUCUACAAGCCAUCUAUGGUUACCUGGUUGGAGACCGAUCUUUUCACUGUUGGGUUAGGAUUCCUAAUGCUGUCCAUGGGAUUAACAUUGACAUUUGAAGAUUUUAAGAGAUGCUUGAGGAACCCAUGGACAGUUGGUGUUGGAUUUCUUGCACAGUAUUUGAUCAAACCUUUGCUAGGAUUAGCUAUUGCGACGACCUUGAAGUUAUCUGCUCCUCUUGCAACCGGUCUUAUUUUGGUCUCAUGUUGCCCUGGUGGACAAGCAUCAAAUGUUGCAACUUACAUAUCAAAGGGGAAUGUUGCGCUUUCAGUUCUUAUGACCACCUGUUCAACAAUUGGUGCUAUUGUAAUGACACCCCUCCUGACUAAACUCCUUGCUGGUCAACUAGUUCCUGUUGAUGCAGCAGGAUUGGCCAUCAGUACUUUCCAGGUUGUUUUAUUGCCGACUGUUCUUGGAGUGUUGGCGCAUGAAUAUUUCCCCAAGUUUACUGAGCGCAUUAUCACCGUAACGCCUCUGAUUGGUGUCCUCCUCACCACUUUGCUUUGCGCGAGCCCUAUUGGGCAAGUCGCAGAAGUGUUGAAAACUCAAGGUGCUCAGCUUAUUAUCCCUGUUGCUCUGCUACAUGUUGCUGCAUUUGGUAUUGGUUACGGGUUAUCGAGACUAUGUACCUUUGGUGAAUCAACUUCUAGGACCGUCUCAAUUGAAUGUGGCAUGCAGAGUUCUGCGCUUGGAUUUUUACUUGCCCAAAAGCACUUCACAAAUCCUCUCGUUGCUGUUCCUUCUGCUGUCAGCGUUGUGUGCAUGGCCCUUGGAGGGAGUGCUCUUGCAGUUUACUGGAGAAACAUUGGGCUUCCAGCAAAUGACAAGGACGACUUCAAGGAGUGAACAAACUUAACAAGAGAACUUGUAGUUGUUACCUGGUAUUGGUUUUUAGAAUCCGUGGUAGGGGUUUUUUUUUUGUGUUGAUUUAAGGGUUUUUUUCCCAACUGCUUUAAAAACUAUUUCUAUCCUAUUGCAGUUGAGUAUUUUGAGAUUGGACUGAAAUGCCAAACGAGCCCUAAUUAUGUUAUCCCUCUUAA